AUGGCAACAAUUGAAUCGGAUCGGCCGUCCCACGGCGCAUGCAAAGACAUUGAACCUACAAGUACCAACCAGGGAGUACGAAUUGAUACCUCUAUAUCAGCGGGCCCGGGACGUCCUUCCCUUACCUCGCCAUCUUUAAAACGUAAGAGCUCGAUCUCGAGCUCAAAAGUAGAUAUCGAUCUUGCAAAUGUUAAUAAUACUGUUUCUAUGUUUAUGGGGGGCAGACGACAUUCAUGGAUGCAACAAGGAGCCGAAGGAAAUUCUUCAUACGGCCCGAAAGCCCCCCCACCAAAGAGAGUCAAAACGACGCCUUCAAAGAUGUCGAACUUAGAGCGAAAACCUCAAGCAGAGGCUUCCUGCGCCGCUGUGUCGCCACCCGUUCCACAGAAAUCUCCUGCGCCGAAUCAACCUACAGCUGAAUCUGUUGUCAUAACUAUUCCUGAUACUCAGCUUGAAGAGCAGAGCGCUCCGCCGCGGACGUCAGUUUUGGGAAUCGAGCAACAGCCGCCUAUUAACCCGCCUUCAAAUCCUAUAUCAAUGACAAAUUUGCCGACGACUUCGCGUUCUGCUCAGGAAAAUACCCUGUCUAUAAAUCUAUUACCCUGGCCACAAGUCACAGAAAAUUCUCCACCCCCUCCCCUCCCCUCUCCAGUUCCUACCCCAAUAACAGUUAGACAACCAGAUUUUACAAACUCUCCAAGCAGUAUAGCUGAGAGUAGAGCAAGUCCUGUAGUCGAGACGAGGGCUUUGACUGGAGGAAUUCCGAGAGCAGCGUUAUAUUCCCGAGCUUCAAGUGUAGAGCAGCCGGCGCCGGCGCCUCGCAUGCGACCAACGUUGCAGACGGCCAUUGCUACCGCCUACAUGCAAAACAUUACACCCCCACCGUCAACCUCACCAGUCAGCGCUACGGUUCUUAACGGGGUUGAUAACCUCGGGCUAAGGUCAGCGCACCCAAGCUCAGCUAUGCCGUCUCCAGUAGCCUCGCCACAGAUGCCAGAGGUUACUACCAUUGAUUUGCCAAAAUACCUGUCUGAUGGCUCGUGCAAAAUGCACCGGGUGGACCUAAGGAAGCCUACCAUUGAGGACCAUAACCUCUUACUGGGCGAGCUUCAGAGAUUGGGCCAGCAAAUUAAGGACUCGCAAUUGACAGCUCCUGAGAAAGCCCUGGUGAUGCGAUAUUCGAAGCUUAGUCGUGCUCUAGACACAAUCCGGCGCCAGAUUAAUCAAAGCUCUGUACAAUCAACACAUGAGCUAGUUUCUGAUAUCUUGCGUCGGCGCACGCCUUCGGUGCCAGCUUACCCCCCUCAAUCCCCAGUCUCAUCAGCUCCCUGUUCUCCAAUCCACCAUCGUGUGUCAGCAUCUCCAGUGGAGAAGCAACAUCCUGUACAAUCACACCACGGAGCUAUUCCAGCUAACACAAUGCUUCCACCACCCCAGCCCCACAGCCAACACCACCACCACCACCAAUCAAUGCUGUCGAUUGGUCAUUUUCGUAGCCCAUCAUCUCAGGACGCGGAUUUUUAUGCACAAAACCCAACGCCUGCAGCUCACUCGCCCCAGUCUUGGCCUCAAUCCUCCCCUGUUGCCACAAACUAUCCACAACAGGCUACCCAAUUCCUGCCAUCCCAAAACUCAGCGGCGCAGGCCCCACAAACACGACCACGGACCCAACAGCAAUUGCCUGUUGUUUCAGCUUCUGUAAAUGACCGCACAAAAUCUCCGUGGAGCUACGCGUUUGUUGAAAAGCUUCACUUUCUCAUGGCCCAACCGGGUACAGAACCAUGGAAACCAAAUGAUAGUCUCAGAGCGAGCCUACUUGAAGGUGCUCUCAAGCAGGGUGACGAUUUGUUCGUCGCUUUGCAUUUACUGUUCUGCUACGCUGACCACCCAAUACUGAAAAACAAAUAUCCAUUCAAUUGGAACGAUCCCCGUAGCAAGCUUGGUUUGGAGUUACUCUCCCAACUCUUGUUUGCAAACUCUAGCCUCUCGACCCGAGCGUUAGACAUUUUUGUUCAAAUCCCUAUGGAUCUUGGCAUGGCAAGAGUGAAGGUUCAGGGGUUCAACGAUGAUAUGAUGGCGGCACUCAAGCUGCUCCAGGAUAUUCGGCCAAUAUUUGACACUUUGUACAACUAUUGCGACUCCAACAAGCUCUCGUGUCCAUCUCACAGUCUAAUUGCGUCCGCGGGUAUCCUCUCGCCGUCUCUACAAAGAACUAUCAGCGUAUCAUUGUCACAAAUGUUGAUGCAACAUGCCAAAUCCGCCCAACACCAACCGCAACAAAACCAAGUAACAUCGGCUCCCAGACAGCCACAGCAACCACAUGUUCAAUCUAUGCGAAGAGUCCCCCAAAUUUUGCCUCCUAGAAAGAGUUCUUCCAGCGGCGAUGCUGGGCCUGCACAGCGCACACCACUUCAAAUUUUUACGACAGACUGGGGUGGCAAAGUUCCCGGUUGGAAGUUGAUACAAGAAUGGAGAUAUCUACCUGCAGACCUUCAGAAGCCCGAAGGGGAUACUUCAGAAUACUUUACCUAUUUUAGGAGAUGCGUUACCCCUGUUAUCAAAGUCUCAGCUAGGAUGCAACAACUCUCUUUCUUAAUUGAAAAUCCAUUGAGCAAAUCAUACCCCAAAGUUAAUCGUGUCGAGGGUGCUGCUCCCAAUAUCCGCCCAGUUCGAAACUGGUCCAAACUAUACCGACUGCGUUGUGUGGCUUCAAAGCAGGAUCUUACACAGCUCACCAAGGCUGAAAACUUUUCUGCUUGGAGGAGUCAAGAGACUUGUUGGCCGGUAUCUAUCUUUGCCGAGUUGAAUGAUAAAUCGACCCCAGGCUUUCCAAACAAUACACCACAAGAAAGGGAAUUGGCUAAAAAGCGUAGGCUACAUUUUCGACGGAAAAGAAAUUGGGGCAAAGACUGUACAACCGAUCUUACGGAUCGGCUUGACCAUGGGGAGAACACCAUUCAAAUCGCGAUGAUGGAAAACGCACCGGUUGACGGAACUUCAUAUUACGCCGCUGUGGAAGAAGUUGAGGUGGCAGACUACAAUACACUGUUCCAUUUGAUCACACAAACCCAAAGCUUAUCCUCUAGUGAGGCUAAAGAGCUUAUCAUCAAGCGCCUGAAAAAAGCUGCUGACGCCAUCGCAAAUGAUGACGAUAUAUCCGUUGUCGAAGAAGACACUGUGACUGUAUCAGUCACCUGCCCCAUGUCUCAGCAACUCAUCGAUGUUCCUGUCCGCGGCAAAUAUUGCCAGCAUCUUGAUUGCUUUGAUCUCAAGGGAUACCUCACUAGCCGAACAAAAUUCCCAUCUGGGUUCUCGGUGCCGGAUUCGUGGAAGUGUCCAAUCUGCAGCUGCGAGUGUACCCCUGCGACAAUCAUAGUCGACGGGUUCAUGAAAGAUACCGUUUCCAAAUUAAGGGAAGUCCAAGCAGGCGGACAAUACUCAAAUGCGAAAAGCGUUAUUAUACGCUCUGAUGGGAUGUGGAGGCCUCAUGACCCCCCUGAAGUUGUGAAAACGAAAAUUAAGAAGGAGAUGCCUGAGAUCAUUAGCCUACUCGACGACUAG